AAGAAAUAACACUGCCUCUUGUAGUAUCAAUAAAAAUGCAAUAACGGAGAUUGCUAAAAACAUGGUCUCGACCAUACAUGUUCUUACCUCCUGCUUGCCUGGCAUUACAUAUAUAAAGCUCCAUUUACAUCCAUGAUUAUUGACAAAGAAAUUUCCUCUUUGUUUCUCUUCACUUCACUAAAAUUGAAUACAUCUGAUUCUUGAUCAUCAUAUUUCUAUACUUUCCUCAUCAAAUCCUCUCUGCACCCAGACAACUAUGGUUCAGCCAACUCUUGUCGCUUCCAGGCUUACGCAGAAGCCACCUGGUCUCACAAUGCCACGGGCUGGCAAUUACCCCGUGCCACAGGACAAUGAGUCGCAGGUCGACUCUGCUGCCGAAUCUUCGGCGCGCCCCCCCCGCUCAGAAAACGAAUUGGCUCAAGGGGAGAGAUCAAUCGCUGAAAAUCCCUUCGAUAGUGAUAGUAGCAGGAUUCUAUUUGACGCUAUCGAUCGUCUUCAAUCUUGCGGUGUCAACCAGGAGUUGGCCAUACCUCAGUUAGUCAUUGUUGGAGGUCAAUCUUCUGGCAAAUCCUCGUUGCUGCAAAGCCUAACCGACAUCCCGUUUCCAGUCGAUACUGGUAUCUGCACUCGCUUUGCUACACGGAUAGUAUCUCGAAGAACUGCUGCGGGCAGUGAAAAUGCUGUCAAGAUCACUAUUGUCGACCCUGAGGUGACUAAUGUUGAUGUUUUCGAUUACCCAUCCAACGACUCGUACAAGGACUAUCUUUAUACAAGUGACCGCUUGGGGAUUGAUGACUUCAAAGAAAUCAUGGACGAGAUAUCUACCAAACACAUGGGCAUCAGAACAGGCCAAGGGGUUCACGCAAAGAACUUCGCGACUCAGGUCCUUCGCAUUGAACUCUCAGGCCCAAAGCGCUCACAUUUCAGUAUUCUUGAUGUACCAGGUAUAAUCUCAUACGCUCACGAUGUCAAUCAGCAUGAAGCGUACGGCGUGAAAUUGAUGGUCGAGGAGUACAUGAGACAACCAGCCAACAUUGUCAUUUGUGUGGCUGCCGCUGAUGCAGAUCUUGCUACUCAGGGAAUUUUCCAGAUGGCUGCUGAUUUGGUUGACAAAAAACGUCUUGUGGGCGUCUUUACCAAGUGUGACAUGUUGGUGAAUCCAACUAAGGUGAUCGAGAUUGCUAGCGGACGAGGAAAAGAUUCGGGAAAGUCAAUGCAAGAUGGGUGGUUUGUAGUACGAAACCGGUCUCCAUUAGACGGCGAUGACUUCGACAUCAAAGAAGCCGAACGUAAACUUUUCAGCCAGCCACGUUGGGACGAGAUACGAGAAAACCGACGAGGCUCAAUUAUGCUACAGAAAUAUCUCGGAAAUCUUCUCUGUGCCCAGAUCCGCGGCAAUUUCCCUGCUAUCCAGGAAUCUGUUCGAAGGCUUCUUUCAGAAGCCGAAGAGUCCAGGAAGGGUCUGGGAGACCCUCGCCCAACUCACAGCCUUCGCCAGCAAUACAUCAGAAGUGUGAUUGAAAGAUAUCACACAGUAGCAGUCAAGACGCUCAAUAGCCCCGGAUCAUUUUCUGAGGCAGCCCUUCGCGUCAGGGGACUAGUGCGAGAGGCGAACGAAAGCUUCACUGAAGAGAUGCAAGCCCGCGGGCACACUCACUUGUUUGAGGAUACAAGUGUUGACCCAAUGAUCCAGCUCACCAAGGCUGUGUCCUUUUACUCAGCUAGGUUAGCAGGACAUCCGCCUCCACCGAACACCACCGAGCAUGGUGACCAAGAGCAAGUCACUACACCUCCUUUGACCCCGCCCACAAAGCGCCACGCUAUGCGUAAGAAACCGACGGUGGCCUCCCAGCUACGUACGCCACUUGUAGAAGUUAUUCGCGACCAGCUUCGCAUCUGGCAGACAACUGAGCUACCGGGCCUUGUCAAUACAGAUGUCAUUAAGAUUCUCUUCAGAAAACAGUCAGAGAAUUGGCAGCAAGUUGCAGAACGCUACAUUGAAAUCGUUGCCAACGACAUCGAGUACGCUUCGAAUCGGAUUCUCGAAGACGUUUGCUCACAUAGCUGCUCCAGCAAUCUUUAUGAAAAGCUUUCUAGAGUUCUUUCUCAACUUCAGCAACAAGCUAAAAAGAAGGCGAUCCGAGAGCUCAAAGAGCACUGCCGCCGGGAGCUCGAAUCUCACCUGCAAACAACCGAUCCGCGUUUCCAGGAAAGGUUGCAAGCGCUGCGCACUGUUCGACUUCUCGAGGCUCUUGGGUCCAUUCCAAGUUUCAAAUCGGGUUCUUUCGACUUGGCUCACUCGAAGCUGUUGUUCCAGCACUUCCACCACUCCAUCGAAGGCAACAUGAUCAACGACGUGCAUGAUGUCGUCAAAGUAUACUACGACUUAUCUCUCGAGGCGUUCAUCAGAUAUGUCAUCAAUGACAUUAUCGAAGAUUUCGUGUCCUACUCUGGGGGGCCCCUCAUGGGCCUGUCAACUGAUUGGGUGUUCACUCUGAGUGAAGAAGAGGUUCAAAAGAUGGCGCGAGAGGAUGAUGAGACUUUGAAAAAGCGUGCGCACUUUGAUAGAAUCAUUGAGGGGUUGAAGACCGCGCAUGAAAUUGCCGAGAAGGCCAGGAUUCAGACUAGAGAGCUUGGAGACAUGUAAUAAGCUGGUAUACGGGAUUUAAGUCAUUAUUUGAUUGGGAUAACAGCUUUCUGGCACCUGUAUUCAAGCUCCUGAGCACUACAUAGUUGUAUUUCACCUUCGUACAUUACAUCUUACUGCUUACCAUCACAUGCUAUAUAUAGGGACGCGUCUACAAUCCCGUCAAUGAUGGUCAUCAUUUUGCUUGACAGUGAAAGCCAGUAAAAUACAUGUAGAUAUUCUUUUCCAACUUGGGGAUAAGAAAGCUUGUCGAUUCCGAUAUCAUUGCACCCUAUAUGGACCUGGAAUUUGGACUGCAUCAGCAUCAAAGAUAGCCUACUCCCAUUCUUGCCC